AUGAACCAGACCCAGCCAUACAUGGACGUCCACUCGCACAUGUCUUCUGCUCAGUCAUACGCUCCUCAAGGCGCUACCGCAGGCUCAAUGUCCCACUACCAGUACCAUGGGCAACCCCCUGUGAUGCAACCUGCAUCUUCUUACGCCCCGGCUGCUUACCCCCAAUAUGGAUAUGCCCCUGGGGUCACUUCACCCCCAACGGGACACCCACCAAGCUCAAUGGGUGGCCAGAUGCCAGCUCAGUUGCUGCCGUUGCCGGUGAGCAAUCACGCCGCUCCUCCAAGCGGAUAUGGGAACAACACCGGGGCUCCGCUACAAGGGUUCGUCUUUGAUGGUACCGGUCAAGUGGCUCCUCCGGGAGCAAAGCCGCGAGUGACAGCCACUUUAUGGGAAGAUGAAGGGAGUCUCUGCUAUCAGGUAGAAGCGAAGGGAGUGUGUGUAGCUCGACGAGAAGACAACCACAUGAUCAAUGGUACAAAGCUGCUCAAUGUAGCUGGCAUGACCCGUGGUCGACGUGAUGGAAUUCUCAAAAGUGAAAAGCUUCGCCAUGUUGUGAAAAUUGGCCCGAUGCAUUUGAAAGGUGUCUGGAUCCCAUUCGAGCGUGCUCUGGAAUUUGCCAACAAGGAGAAGAUCACCGAUCUCUUGUACCCACUGUUUGUGCAUAAUAUCGGUGGUCUGCUAUACCACCCAGCCAACCAGACUCGGACAAACAUGGUAGUGCAAGAGUCCCAGCAACGACGUUUGGAAGGCCCUCCUCCGGGUCCCCAGCGCACGCCGUCUGGCUCUCAGCAACCCCCAAUUCACCAUCACCACCCCUCCCUUCAGACUCCCAUGUCCUCUCACAUGUCCCAAGCCCCCAUGAGUGGCCAGCCUGGCUCCAGACCAGCCCUCGAGCGUGCCAACACCUUUCCCACGCCACCCGCCAGCGCAUCCAGCCUGAUGGGCGUCAACAACCAAGGCAGCUCAUAUGAAUGGGGCGGACAAGCGCUGCGUGUGGGGGACUUGUCCAUCGACACCACAUUGAGCAACCAGCGCUCAAUGCCAACCACCCCCGCAACCACCCCACCGGGUAACAACAUGCAUGGCUUGCCAGCCUAUCAAAGUCAACCCUACGACAGCUCCAAGCCGUACUACUCCGCGGCACCACAAACGCACGCCCAAUACACGCCACACACUCCAUUGACCAAUUCAGGGAUGUCCAGCUACGGCCAACCCCUGCCCGGCGGAUACAUGAAAAGCGAAAUGGCGCCACCAGACCCACGACCCGGCGCCUCAGAGCCCGAAACCUCCGAGCGCGACCCCAACCGCUACAGCCAGAGUAAUGGACCCGGCGAGACCGUCUCUGAGCACGAACAGGAGUACAUGCCGGACCACAACGCCGGGUACAACUCUAACCGCGGCUCCUACACCUACACCACAAAUCCUUCCGUCAGCUCGCUGACCGGCGAUCACUCCCAGCUCACCCCGGAAAUGACCAGAUCCCCGAGCCAGCAAAACGGCUCCGGUCGCAUGACUCCGCGCACGGGCGCCGGCCCCCCUCCUCACUGGGCUUCGGGGUAUAACACUCCCCCCCGUCCCGCCGCCGCCACUACCCUGUACAACGCUGUCAGCGAUACGCGCGGUACCCCGGUCAACGGUGCUUCGGACCCUUACUCCAUGGCCUCGACCACGGCCCCAGUCUACGCGACUGGGAAUGGCUCGUUGAGUGCGGGCAGCAAGCGCAUGCGCGAGGAUGACGAUAUCCGCCCUCCUGAGAGUACCACUGAGUACGAGACUUCGAAGCGCCGUAAGACCAUCACCGAUACUACCCUUGGUGGUCCGCUUGGUGGUCCGGUCGGUGGCCCGCCUAUUCUUCAGCCGAUGAAGCCUAGCGCGGUCAUGGCUCGCCAUCGGUGA